UGAGUAAAACAGCGAUAGAAUAUGUAAAAAAGGAACACAUAAAAUGUAAGGACAUAGUCUACCAUUCAUCCGCAGCCGCCAGCUCAUCGGGGCCCUCUUCGUCCGAAAACCAAGCACAAAUGUCGUCCUCCCCUUCAAAGUCAGUCUCACCAGCAACGUUAGGCUCCACUUCGUCAAUCAGACGUCGGAGCUGAGCGUGCUGAGCAUCAUCUAUUCCAUUGCCGCCGUUUACACCACCCAUGUAAUAUCCGCCAUCCUGACCCACAAUAUCCUCCCCACCAUGGAGUGGACGAAGGUUUGGGAGGGGCUGCAUCUUGUUGCGAUACUCGUUUUCAGCCUGAGUGAGUGCAAAACCCCACAUGUCAUCAACACUACUGUCAAUGUUGUGAACCUCGUCGAGGUGCUCGAAGCAGCGAAGUAGCUGUCUGUAGAUCUCCCAGCACGUCUCCCGAGUAAUUGAUGGCUCGCCAAGGUCGACAUAGAAUGAUUGAAUUAAUUGUGCGAAGUCCGGCGGCACCAGUUGAAAUAUAUCGUGGCUGGGAUCAGCAUACUGUUGGCGAACCGUAUUUAUAUGCUCUUGUUUCACUUUGAUCUGAAAAACAAUGGCAACAAGAAGCAAUAGAAUAGAGCCUGAGACGUACCUUGAAAUCGAGAAUUGCAUACUCAUCCGGAAACUCAAGCAUGUGCUGCGGAACACCAUGAGGCAGAAUCUUAUUGCGGUCUCGACGUUUCGCAGUCAUGUUGAUUCGUUGACGGUAUGCGUCAAGCUCUGCCUGCAGCCAUGGGAUGAAAACCCAGCGACACACAAGCCUAAUACUUGUG